GGCCCUGCGUGUGGCUGCGGGAAGGCUGCGUGUGCGCGCAGGGUGGGAGCUUGGGCGGCCCGCCCGUCCUGUUGGACCAAGAGCAGGGUGCGCGCCGGCGCGGGAGGUGAGUGUGAGGCGGGGGCACAGGGGCCGCCCAGAGGCCUGGCAGCUCUCGGUGGCCCUCCGAUCCGCUUCUCCGGAGAUGCACCCUCCUUAGCGACGCCGAGAUCCUGGAGCUUACAGCAAUUUGUUCAACUAAAGCAUGGGCUACAGAAAACAAAAAACUUCAGCUAGUGCUUUAUUCUCAUGUGAAAUUUUACAGAACCUGAGGCUCACGUGCUUCUGAGCUCCUGUGGAUGGCCCUGGCCCUUUUGACCACCCUUCUGAGUAGGAUGUCACUGAGAUCCCUCAAAUGGAGCCUCCUGCUACUGUCCCUCCUCAGUUUCCUUGUGAUGUGGUACCUCAGCCUACCCCACUACAAUGUGAUAGAACGUGUAAACUGGAUGUACUUCUACGAAUAUGAGCCAAUUUACAGGCAAGACUUCCACUUCACACUUCGAGAGCAUUCAAAUUGCUCUCAUCAAAACCCAUUUAUUGUCAUCCUGGUGACUUCACACCCCUCAGAUGUGAAAGCCAGACAGGCCAUUAGAGUUACUUGGGGUGAAAAAAAGUCUUGGUGGGGAUAUGAAGUUCUUACAUUUUUCUUAUUAGGCCAAGAGGCUGAAAGGGAAGACAAAGUGUUGGCAUUGUCCUUAGCAGAUGAACACCUUCUUUAUGGUGACAUAAUUCGGCAAGAUUUUGUAGAUACAUAUAAUAACCUGACUUUGAAAACAAUUAUGGCCUUCAGAUGGGUAACUGAAUUUUGCCCCAAUGCCAAAUAUAUCAUGAAGACAGACACUGAUGUUUUCAUAAAUACUGGGAAUUUAGUGAAGUAUCUUUUAAAUUUGAACCACUCAGAAAAGUUUUUCACAGGCUAUCCUCUAAUUGAUAAUUUCUCCUAUAGAGGAUUUUACCAAAAAUCCCAUAUUUCAUACCAGGAAUAUCCCUUCAAGGUGUUUCCUCCUUACUGCAGUGGGUUGGGUUAUAUAAUGUCCAGAGAUUUGGUGCCAAGAAUCUAUGAAAUGAUGAGUCAUGUAAAACCCAUCAAGUUUGAAGAUGUUUAUGUUGGGAUCUGCUUGAAUUUAUUGAAAGUGGACAUUCAUAUUCCAGAAGACACAAAUCUUUUCUUUUUAUAUAGAAUCCACUUGGAUGUCUGUCAACUUAGACGUGUCAUUGCAGCUCAUGGCUUUUCUUCCAAGGAAAUUAUCACAUUUUGGCAGGUUAUGCUAAGGAAUACCACAUGCCAUUAUUAGUUUGACAUUAUACCAAAAGCCUAGUGAAGGACAGGAUACCUUGUGGGAAGUUUUAAAGUUAGUGCUACAAAUCUCUCUAAUGGAAAAAUGCAUGGGAAAGGUACUAUGCUGUUUUACACUGAACUGAAAUUUAUAAAGAACCCAUACACUAGAGACACUAGUGAUUUACAGAAAUCAAGUGAAGGCCCUUUAAAAAAAGGUUAUAUUCAGAGAAAUUAAACACAUUUAAAAGAAGUGGAGAAUGUAUUGUUAUUACAACUAAUAGAAACAAUUUGAACAUAGUAGGCUAGAACUUUUAAAAAGUUUUUUGUUGUAAACUAAUAAUUCUGUAACAACAAAGCAAUGUAGAGUUCUGUUCAUUGAACAAUCUGAUCAGUUAGGGUUUUGUGUAUACUUUAAAUGGAAUACUGAUUUUUAAAAAUACAUGGUUCUAUGUAAAACUGCAUAAUAAAUGUUGUAAUGAACAACAAUUUAUCUGUUUUGUCAUUCAAAAGGUACUACAAGGUGUUACAGUAUUUCAUAGUUAUCAUUGCUUAUUUAAUAUUACUUGGAAUUUUCUGGGUGUUUGAAUGUUUUUGUUGUUUCAAUACUAUAUAAACAGACUAGUGAAUCACCAUUUACAUUUGAACUUUUUUACUUUUGUUCACCUGUGAAUUUAUUAUUGAUAGCUCUAUUAAUGUAAAGUCAUUGGUCAUUAUUGUAUGUCAGUAAUGUCUUGGCCUUUGAGAAGAAUUAAAGCAAAAAGAUCUGAAUUGUUGUCUUGUUUUUAAAAUGA